CCAUCGCCUAAUCAUUGACAGCCUGUCAAGUGCCGCGUAAAGUUCGAGUUGAAUUGUUGUUUAUAAGUUGCCGAAAAAAUCGAUUUGUCCAUUCGUAGUGAUGCUUUAGCCUGUCUCCGACCAACCAGUGCCGCGCUUCGCCCCCGACCAUGUACGCGUCUUACAGCGAAAUCCUCCUAGCCGUGUGUAUCCUAAUACUGCCCUUUUUGUACGAAUCGAGUCAUGUGUUCAGGUACCACCUGAAAUUCAUGCUCUACUACACCAUCGUGAUGAUAAACUCCGUAAUCCUGAUCCCCGUAUUCGCAUUCAAGGCGAAAAACGUGCGAAAUUUGCUCACUGCUUCGGCGUUCUGCCACCACAUUUCCACCCUGCUGGGGCUGCGGUGGGUCCUGCGGGGGCGCGAGCACUUGGAGAAGGACCAGGCGUGCAUUAUUGUCUCCAACCACCAAAGCUCGAUUGAUAUUUUAGGGAUGUUUGACGUGUGGCCGGUCAUGGAUAAGUGCACAGUUGUUGCCAAAAAGGAGCUUUUUUACGCCUGGCCCUUUGGUCUAGCCGCCUGGCUUUGUGGCCUAAUUUUCAUACCUAGGAUGAACAGUGAUAAGGCUAGGGUGUUAAUGAACGACGCUGCGGAAGAGAUUAAGAAAGAUAAGAUCAAAUUAUGGGUGUUCCCUGAAGGCACACGCCGUAACACCGGUCAAAUCCACCCGUUUAAAAAGGGGGCUUUUCACAUAGCCAUCUCGUCGAAAUUGCCGAUUUUACCGGUGGUUUUCAGUCAGUAUUAUUUCCUUGAUAAGCAAAAUAAACGCUUCGAUCACGGUAAGGUAAUCGUUACCGCACUACCGCCUAUUCCAACUGAGAAUUUAUCACAUGACGAUUUGGACGAACUCAUGGAACGCACGCGAAACGCAAUGUCGACGACAUUCCAUGAAGUGAAUAAAGAGAUGAAAGAGUCUCUCGUGAGACCGUUUUCUAGUCAGUAAUUUUAAAAAUAGCGAUUUUAUUUAAUUUAUUCCAAGACAACGUACUUUAAAAGACGCAGCAGAAGCCGGGGCUUGAUUAUGUUUUAAUUUAUUUUUUUUCACCGGUUUCAAGAUGCCAUAACUGAGCGAACGAAGGCUGUGAGAUUAGGUACGAUGUUAGAGUGUUUCUUGCCACUUUGCAAUAAAUUCACCGAAAAGGCGCUUUAAAAUAAAAAACGUACUUUGUUCGUUUAAUGCCAAAGUAAUUAUACGUGAGAGGACGGAACUUAGUCAAAUUUGCAACGUACUGUGCAAGGUCGCGAGGUUGUUGGUCUUGUGAUCUUGAGUUAUUUAAAGAAAAAUCAGAAAUUAAUCCGAAGUCUAAAAAAUUAGGACGUCAAGUUAUUUAAUUAUUUAAAUAAGUAUCAGUGUUUGAAAAUGUUUGCAACAAUUUUUGUCCCAAAAACCUUAAUUCAAAAAAAUAUUAAGCUAGUCGAAAUUUUCGAUUUCUAUCUUUAUUGUUUUUUAUAGUUUUAUUUAUUGACUGAUUGUUUUUAUUUUGCCACGGCUUUUAACAUUUACAAAUAAAACUUUCGUUAAUCUUUCCUGCAAAUUUCUAGCUCCAACCAAGGUUCUGUAAUUACUUAUAAUUAUUUAUGUAAGUAAUUAAUGAACCUUGAUUCGUGAUCUUGGUCUAUUUUGUAAGGUUAAUUUUUUCACGUGUAAAAUAAUAUUAAACAAUAAUUUUUUUGGUAGUGCAUUUGCUCCAGGAACAAUUUUUUAUUUUCCGGAAUUACUUUUAAAAUGCUUUAAACACAGUCAGGUGACCUUUAAAUCAUAAUAGUGCAGUUAUUUAUUUACAUAAAACAAGGCCAGUUUUGCAUCAAUGUUUCAAGGGAGUGAAAGUAUUUGUAGUGAUUUUUUAAAGCGUUUUUUCAGUGCAAAUGAUCGAAUUUAUUUAUUGGUUUUAUAAUGAAUGGCACGAUUUUUACGGUGAUGUACCUAAUUUAUUUAAGUUAAAAAAAUGUAUCAGAAGUGACGAAAGAGUAUCAGGGUGUGCUUAAUUUUUUAUUUCUUGUCACUUCUGACACGUUUUCUAUUUUAUUGAAUAGAACUUUAUCCACUAUUUUGUAUAUUUGACACAGUUGUACUUUAGUUUUAAGUAAUUUCCUCACUAUUUAAUUGAUAAGAAUUUUGUUAAGUGGGUGAAUAAAAUUUCAAUUAAAAUAA